ACGGGGGAGGGUCUGGGAGGAGCUGGAGAGAGUGAAAGUGAAAAUGAAAAUGUGAGUGAGCGAUCAGGAACAGCAGGGACAGCCAUUCGGCCCCUCGCCGUGUUCCAGGACCAUGGAGCCCCUCAUCUGUCUCUGCAUCCUCCUGUUGGUGUUGGAGGCCCGGUUGGAGAGCCAGCUCCCCCUGGUGGACAUCGUCCUGGAGUGCGGCUACGUAGAUGUAGGAUUUGGAGGCGUCCGAGGGCUGGGCGUAGGGUUCUCGAGGGAAGGCUCCCUCCUCGUCCUGCGACAGGUCCCCGUGUCGAGAGAGGAGGAUACCGCGGCCUGGACUGACUACACCGUUCGCGAGGAGGAUCGCCAGCACCUCAUCUUCGAGGCUACCGCCUCCGAGUUGCCCAUCCCCUACGCGGCGCUCCUCCUCCACGCGGAGUGCGAGGGCCAGCAGGUGACCUGCGAGAUCAGUGCCUUGGAGAGCCCGGGCGACGGCGAGGGUGAGGGCGAGGGAGGGGUGGGCCCCGCGCCCACCUUCGGCGCCAGCGUGCGCCUGGCGGGAUCUUCCCUCGGCCUGGCGAUGGUCCUGAGGUCAACACCGGUGGCCCCUGAGGUGCGAGUGACGAGGGAGGUCAACGAGAAACUCGGAGUGGUCCUGAGUGUCACCGGAACCAUCGAGGUCAGGGUCGAAUUCCUGGUGUAUUCCCGGACGACGGAGAUCAGGACCCCUCUCCAAGCGACGGUCCAGCUGGACUGCGGGUUCGAAGGCGCUGACCCCCGUGAGGUGGCGCUGGAGUGGCGGAGACAGCACAAGGGGAAGGGGAGCGUCGUCUACAGCGUCAAGGAGGGGGAGGGCACAGCCGAGAGGGAGGGGGCGCGGAUGGAGCUGGACGCCCUGUGGGAGGACGGGAACGCCUCGUUGCGCCUCCCGGGAAUCUCCGUCAAGGACGAGGGGAUCUACAUCUGCACGGUGCGUGGACCGGAACACAGCGCCCAGCAGACAGUGUCCGUCGAGAUCGUGAUGCCUCCCCGGGUGACCCUGCGUCCCCCAGCUCUGUAUUUCCAGGAGGAAGUGUCCGAGACUCUGACCUGUGAGGCCGCUCUGUACUACCCCCUGGACGUUACCAUCCAGUGGCUGCUCCGCCUCCCUGGGGAGGAGACCGGGAGCCAGGAACUGCCCGGCGUCUCCUUCUCCAGUCACCGCCGGAACCGGGACGGCACCUUCAACAUCUCCUCGCAGCUGGCCAUCCGGCCCGGAAUCAGGGAUCUCGGAGCGGUGUACCUGUGUGAGGUGUCCCACCUGGGGCUGGAUGUCCCACUCACCGUCUCCCUCCUCCUGCAGGAGGCUCCAGGUAACACAGCCCAGAACCUCGGCACCACCCUCUCUCUCACACUCCCUCUC